AGUGGGCAUUUCCCAUCACGUGACAUGUACUUUUUCGUUCAGCUUCCGAAGGCUCGCCGUUAUCUGAAUGCUACUGUAAGUUACACAAACUCUGAAGGAUGUCGGCUUCGUGUACCACAGCAGAGGCAAAAGAUCCUGACGAUAUUCAAACGAGGAAAAGAAGAGGGAGUUUUGAUUUUAAGCCUCCAAAUAUGUCCACGAUGAGGAUGGUGCUCGUAGGAAAGACCGGAGCUGGUAAAAGCUCUUCAGGAAACACCAUCCUGGGAAGAAAAGCUUUCAGAGCCGCCCAAAGUGCUUCAUCUGUUACUAAAGAGUGCUCGAAAGCGACUGGAGAGGUGGCUGACCGUCAGCUGAUGCUGGUAGACUGUCCAGGGAUCUUUGACACUUCGCUUUCAGAGAAAGAACUCAUCAAGGAGAUGAGCAAAUGUAUAAACAUGACGGCACCAGGACCUCACGUGAUAGUCCUGGUCAUCCAGCCUGGACCGUUCACUAAAGAAGAGAGACUCUCUGUGGAGAAGAUCAGAGCUGUAUUUGGGGAAGAAGCAGACAGACACACAAUCAUCCUCUUCACUCACGGCGAUCAAAUCUCAGAAAGCUUCGAGCAAACACUGAGCGAAGCACGGCAUGAUUUAAAGCAUCUCGUCGAGUUAUGUGGCGGACGAUAUCAUGUGUUGGACAACACAAAGGUUCAUGAUCGCAAGCAGGUUUUGGAGUUUCUGGAUAAGGUUGAUAACAUGUUGCACACGAACGAGGACAAAUAUUACACCAGUGACAUGUUUCGACGCGUGGAAGAAAUGCUUCGAGACAAAGAAGAGGGGCUCAGAAAAGAGUACAGCCAGACGAUACAGGAAUUAACAGACGCAUUUCACGAGGAGAAGACCCAACUUGAGAAGACCAUCGAGCAACUGAAAAAAUCUGGGCGGGAAAAGGACCAGAAAAUUAAAAAGUUGAAAGAGCAACUGAAAAAGGAGGACACGCAUUUUAAAGAGGUUAAGCGUUUUUAUGAGCAGAAGCACAGAGCUGUGAGAGAGGAGGUGGAAGAGACACAAGUCGACGAAAACAUCCCAGAGAUCAGAAGACAACUACAAAAGCUUCGUAUCUGAGAUGCUGUUGAGAGUUCACUGACUAACUGAUUGAUAAUCAAUACGAUCCUUUUUUUUGCUAUACGUUUUAAUAUAGCAUUAGUUUAAUCAACGGGCUCUCUUGAAUGUGGCCCUGCUCAUGUUUGUGUUCUGACCGUGGUAAAAACCGCUUAAGACCUUUUAAAUGCCAUUUUUGAUACAACUAAAUAACAUCAAACUAUAAAACACUGCAACUAAUUAUUAUUUAGCAACAUGUUCCACCGAAAUUUUACGUUAAGUCCAUUUCUAACUAAUUCUUUUUUUAAUUGGCUCAACCCUCAGUGAACUUGUUUUCUAGUCAACUAAAAUUUUUUUUAUGUAUAGUGCUGUUGUCACGUAUCUGUUGUUGUUUUCAUGUCCCAUGUGCUCCGUGACCUGCUUUCUGUUAAUUGUAUCAUUGUGUUCAGGUGUUUUUAGUUCAUUGUCAUUUGUGUAUAUAGUUCCUGUUCAUUUCAGGUGGUUUUAUGUGUGGUUUUUGUUACCUGCCUGUCUGCCUGUAGUAGUACUAUUUAGUCCUUGGUCUAUGAUUAAACUUAUUAAGAGUA